AUGCCAUCUGGCAACGAGUAUGCUGCCGAACAACUCAAGAGCCAGGGCAACACCUGUUUCAAGAAUGGCGAUUACGAGGGCGCCGAAGGGUACUACUCCCAGGCCAUCCAGAAGAACUCGAGCAACCCGCUGCUUUUCACAAAUCGCGCCAUGGCUCGUAACAAAUUAGAGAAGUGGGAAGGCGUUAUAGAUGAUUGCAUACGCAGCAUUGAGCAGCUGCCGGAGAAUAUGAAGGCAUUCCACUUGCUGUCGCAAGCCCAGCUCGCAGUGAACCACCCCAACGAAGCCCUCUCUAGCGCUCUCAAAGCGUACGAGUAUUGUACCAAAUCCACGCAGCAAACCACCUUCUCAAACGCCGCCCUGAUAUCCCAACAUGUCCUGAAGUGCAAGAAACGUAAAUGGGAAAUUCGCGAACGAGAAAGAAUACGGCGGCGUGGCAACCUGCUGUCCGACCUGGAGACUAUGCUCGAACGGGACCACAAGAAAGAGCUCGACGAUGUCGACGCGCGCAUGGAGUCUAGUGAAUUAAGCAGGACAGAAGGACAAGAGGAGAAAGAGGAACGGCGCAUGGAAUUCGAGAGAAAACGCGAUGACCUCCGCACUGCCUUUGCCAUCUCCGACCCUGAGCACCAGCAGAAGCGCGAAGUCCCUGAUUACCUUGUUGACGGCAUUACCUUCGAAAUCAUGCACGACCCGGUGGUCACAAAAAACGGGAGAAGUUAUGAAAGGGCAACGCUCAUCGAACAUUUGAAGAGAAGCCCAACAGAUCCAUUAACGAGGGAGCCGCUCAAGAUCAGUGAGCUGAGACCGAAUCUGUCGCUGAAGGAGGCGUGUGAGGAAUUCAUGGAGAGCAACAGUGGGUGGAUUUACGAUUGGUAA